GAGUUCGUCCUCUCAAACUAAAAAGAACACGGGGCUAUCUUAUAUAGAUAUACAAAGUCCACCUAUCUCAUAAACCGACUAAAGAUGGUUUUGUUGGACUCAUCAUUCGAUGCCUUUACUCCCGCCGAACCACAGAAUCCUCAAGGAAGUGACGUAGUUUUCCCUGUUGGCCAUGUGACUACCAAUUUGACAAUGCCGUCUGUUAGCCCAUCUCAAUAUAUUUGCGAUAUGCUUGAUCCAUUUCUCGAGGAGCCACUUAUAGAAGGAACCGAAUACACUGGCCAACAACAACAGAAUCAUUUUGAAAAUAUUGUGGAUCCUUUAUUUUGUUCUAACAAUAAUAAUAAUUACAAUACGACAGACUCGGCUAAAAUGAGAGGGGAAUCCCCAGACACAGCCUGUAAAGUUACAGAUUCUGCGGACUUUUACCAGGGGUACCAAGCUCAAUCUUACCCCACGGAAUACCCCGAGUCCCAGGAAAGGCUAUCUCACCAGGGAAAUUAUGAAGUACCUUAUUGUGCAAAAAUGAUUGACAAUAACCCUGUGUGUGAGGAAAGAACCCCCUCUGUAUACGACAGACAAUAUCCACAAAGUAAAAGAACCAAGUUUCCAGAUUCCAAUGAAUUUGGUGGUCGUUGGUCAAACAAGCAUCCAGAAAACUGGUCCCCACAGGAAGUUCUGGACUGGGUCUUCUAUGCCGCUGAGAAAAAUGGAAUCGACUGUGAACAUUUGUACGCCGAGAACUUCCGAAAUAUUGCCGGGAUCGAGCUUUGCAAGAUAGGCCUUGACGGCUUUUUGAGGCUCGAGCCUAACUAUGGCCGACUGUUUUUCAAAAUGUUCCGGGAACUGUGUGACGGAAUGUACUUUCAACCCAGGAACGACACCCCCGCUCACCACAGUCCCAAGGCAGGAGAUCUGAGUUACCCCCCAAACAAAGCCAGGGAACAUAUAGUCAUGAAUUCCGAAUCUACUCCCCUGGCACCGUCAUAUUAUACCGUCCAAGACAUGGCAAAAAUGGAGACAGCCCCAUCACAAUACAUGUAUGAAAUUCCGGGAAUGACCCCGUAUAAAUGCCAAAACAUGCCAACGAUGCCAAAUCCAUUUCAAGCGUCACAUUUGAAGCACCAUCCCUUGCCCCCCUACGGACACAUUCCUUCACAGAUCAUGUACUCAAACUUCGGCAUGGCCAGGCGCCUUCCAUACGGUCUGCCCGAGGAUCAUCUUCACCAACCCAUCCGACGCCGACCAGGCCGACCCAGGAUCAAAAGCCAACCCACUGAUGACGAGAACGCCAGAGAAAAGAAAGCUAAGAAUCAACAUCUAUGGGAAUUCAUCUACGAAAUUCUGAUGAACCCAAUGUAUAACCCUCAGUUCCUGAGAUGGGAAAAUCAGAGAGAGGGCGUGUUCCGGUUUGUCCAAUCAGAAGCCGUUGCCCAACUAUGGGGAGGGCUAAAAAACAACGAAAAUAUGACCUACGAAAAACUUAGCCGAGCCAUGAGACAUUAUUACAAAAGGGGAAUUCUGGAAAGAGUAGAAGGACGGAGACUGGUGUACAAAUUCUCUAGGGUAGCGAUGGAGAGAGUGAGGGAGAAGCGACACUCCAUCUGAUUGACCUCAAUUGAGUAUCGCGUUAAUGUUUGCAAAUAUCUGUGAACUUUUUCACUAACAAACAAGCCAUAGAGAGGCUUAUGUGGAUAAUUCCACCAAGUUUCCACUGGUGAGCAGAUUCUACCGAAUGACCACACUUGGCUAGCCAUUUCUAGUCAUUCGUUUGUGCUCUAGUCCCAUGAAGUAUGUUCGGGUUCAAAUGCGCAUGCGUUAUCAAAGCGUCAAGCAACCCAUAACGUAUGAAUUGUCAUGAUAUGUUUUAAAACCAGAAUAACAGCAUAAAUAUGGCUAAGGAAAUUUUUUUCCUUUUUAUGACCGAAUGAAAAUGUUUUAUUGAUACGAGUGGUAUGUUUAUUUAUUGUAUUUAAUGUCCAUGUAAUGGAGAGAAAGUUUGCAACGUUUUAAUAUUUUUGUACAUUAUGCAAUAGUGUGCUAAAUAAAUUUAAUUUAUAUAUGUAAUUUUUCAUUCCAUAAACUGUUAGGACGGAAACAUACAUUACCUAUGAUUUUUUUCUACUUGUUUUAUAAUGCCAUGUUUCAUAACCUUUUUUUUUUUUUAAAGAAAUGAAGGACCAUGUUUUGUUAAUUUACGGAUGUAUAUAAAUGAAUUCUAAUCAUGUCCUUAUUAUUGGUACAACUUUACAAAACGCUGUACAUAGUGCAGUAGCUCUAAGCUCACGGCUAAAGAUAACGAAUGCUAAUUAUAAAACCUAAUACGAUCAAAAAUUAGGAAAAGAAAAGAAUAUGAAAAUUUAUAUGUUGACAAAGUUAUACAUUUUCAAAAGGAAAUAUUAUCCUUGAUACUGGUAAUGGAUUUCAUUGAAUUCAAACAAUUAUUUAUGUAUAUAAAAACCAACAUUCCUUUGUACAAAGAAGUGUCCUUUUGCAGCAAUAUUUAUGUGUACAAGAUAAAGUAUUUUUAUAUGUCUCUAUUGAAUCUCAUAGCUGUGCUUUUUGUUGUUGUAAAUUAUUUUUGUACGUUAUUUAUAUAUAUAUGAUAGUCAAUUUCCGCUUCUGUAAAAUAACACAGCGGCGGUUGCAGCAGGACAUGCUUGUUAGUAUUUAUUUCUUGUAAAAUAAACUUUGAAACGCUU